UUAAUGAAACAGUGGUGUUACAAGAAACUAUAGGGAUAAUAAUUACCUUGUUUUUAGAAAAUAGAAACAAAUAGAAACAAGUUGCAGAUGUUAAUAUUGGUUGAAGAGAAUGAAUAAAACAUGGCGUUUCAACCUGGAUGAAGCCGGAUCAGCUCGCGAUAAUCUUCGCAAUAUGAUAAGUGAGAGAAAGAAUUGGUCUGAGAUCACAGGAUCAAAUGAUGAUGGUCCAGACAUACAGAACAUCAUCUAUUGGGAUGGCUGCAACUUUAAGUGGAGAAAAUAUAACAAGUUUCAAUUACAAAACCUGGCGGUUGUGAAUAGAAUACCAGGUUUUGAUAAUAUAGCUUUAAAGGUGAACACACUUCUUGCUCUAAGAACUGCAGAAGAAUUGAAUCCAAAACUAAAGGAAUAUUACCCGGAAACCUGGAUGUUUCCAAUGGAGAAAGAGAAGUUUGUUUCUGACACAGCAACAGACACAGAAGAUGAUUUUUACUUAUGGAAACCAGACAAGGGAACAGGAGGUGUUGGAAUUGAUAUGUUUAAUAAAAACCAACAUGAAAAAGUUGGAUAUUUGUCUGAAUCUGCUGUUGUACAGCGGUAUGCCCCUGAUCCUUACUUGAUAGAUGGAAAGAAAGUUGAUUUACGGAUAUAUUGCUUAGUGUCCCAUCUAGACCCUACUGAGAUUUAUUUCAUUGAUGGUGGAUUAGUAAAGUGUUGCACUGCUGAUUAUGAAGAGCCUACACAAGAGAAAGAUUGGGAUCCUUAUUCACAUAUCACAAAUAUCAAUCUCAAUCAAAACAGUCCAAACAUGGACUUUGGGGAAGAAGGAACGUUAAGAAAAUAUGAAUGUUUAAUAAAGCUGCUUAAAAGUGAAGGCCACAACACAGAAGAAGUUCAUAAUGAUAUUAUACAACUUACUGUAGAUGUCAUUCUAGCAACUAUACCUCAACUACUAGUAUGGAGAGAUACAGUAGCAGUUCCACCAAAUGUAAAGUGUUUCCAAGUUGUUGGGUUCGACAUCAUGUUAACUUCUGACCUCAAACCACUUCUACUUGAAAUGAAUUCAGCACCAGUGUUUUGUUCGUAUUUGGAAGUUACAACAAAUGGAAAAUAUGAGAGAGUCCACAAUAUUGCAUUACAUGAGAAAAAUUGUGCAGUACUGGAUUGUGUGUUACAACUGAUAACAGAAGAUACAGUUCACCCUGCUUUAAAGCUUGUGUACAGUAGCGAAAAUGAUCAAAAUAUAUUUGAAAGACCUUCUACAAGUAAUAAUCUUUCUAUACUGAACCAAAUUGCAAAGAUAUUCAACUUUUUCAAGAGCAAGGAUACUCUGACAAUGGCUACCGAUUCAUGGCAGUUGUUUGCAAAGCUUAUACUUCAAGGUCUGGGUAUCGAUAAUGUGGAAGAUUUUAUGGUUGAUGUGGUGAUGGAGUACAGGGGGUAUUACAAGGAAGAGAAACAUCAGUUUGUGGAAGCUGAUUAUGAGAAAUCUCUUACAUUUGAUGGCUUUGUGGAAGCAAUAAGAAGGGUUGGGAAAAGAAUGAAGAUGCCAUUGAAAGAAAUAUGCAAUCACGCUAUUGAACAAUUUCAACAGCUAUGAUGUUAUUUAAUUCAGUUUCAUCUAUAUACCAUUAUUAAUUAUUGCAUUUCCCAUUAAAGGUUGCCAUUUUACCCUUACAGGUUGUCCUAUUACCAUACAAUUU